ACGUCGGCUCCCCGGUACGAAGCCUGACUCUAAUGUCUCCGUCAGCCACCCUCAGCAACCUGUGCCCUGUCCCCACUGCUAGUUAAAGCGAUUCCUCUGGCGUGUGUCCCUUCAGCGACCCAGGGGGCAGUUCCCAAGGGGGCGGGGCCAACGGCGUCUGAGGCAUUCUCAUCCGGGCAUUCCCCAGAUGCCGCAGCCGCCAUCUUUGUUUUGUGCUGAAAGUCGCUACUGACGCCCGCGGACGGCCGGGCGAGGGGAAGUGGCAAGAUGGCGGCUCCCAGGGCGGAGGCGUGGAGGCGCGCUUCGGCGGCCACAGGGCUGGGGACGCCUGUGCCUGACCCGAGCGCGGCCUGACCCCAAGCAAAGCGCGCAGCGGCACCGGUCCCUCGCCGCGAGGCAGCGCGAGGUUCUUUUAAGAAGCCUCGGCCGGGAGGAGAAGCCUGCGAGGGUGGGGUGUGGGGGGAAACAGUGACGUCGCCCGACUCCGCCCCCUCGCCCGACCGCCGCCGCCGCCAUGUUUAGUUGUUACUUCUUCACACAAGAUGGCGGCUCCCAGGGAGGAGGCAUGAGCGCCCUGCCGUUACCGCUCCUCCUGCCGUACAGUUGCCACUUCGGGGCCUAACUCUGCCUCUUUGAAGCGGCUCCUGUGGGAAGGAGUCAUAAGGAGGGAAGCGAGGAUCGGACGCUGCCUUGCGUUUGGUUUGCAGUGGAAGAACUGACCCAAGAGGAAGAGAAUAGGGGGGAAGGGGGAGCUAGUCUCAAGAUGGCGACUCCCAGGGCGGCAGGCGCAGCCUGAGCAGCAGAGGCGGACUAAAGGGAGACGCUCGAGACCUCACGAGCCGUACGGCGCGAGCCUCCGAGCAGCCCUCGAGAACUCAAGCUCGUUUCACUGGCCUCCGGCGCGCCUCUAUUCUUUCCAAGUGUCGAGGCUGUUUAGGGAGCGGCCUCUGCACUAAGCGCUGGGCGGGGAAGCGGGACGGUCUCAAGAUGGCGGCUCCCACAAUUGUGGUCUGAGCUCCGGCGGGGCUGGGACAACCGCGGCGCUUGUGGCUCAUUUCCACCCGCCCCGGAAGCCGGCCAGUGCAGGAGACUUGGGGAGGGUGUGGGAACCGGGCCGGGGCUCCGCCAUUUCCGGCGGGGGAGGGCUACGAUUGAGGAAGGGAGGAGAGAGAGGCGGCUCAAGAUGGCGGCUCCCAGGGCCUCCCGCUCGAGCUUCUAAGUGGGAGCUCCCAGGCAAGUAGUCAGGGCGGCGGGACUCGGCGGCCUCCAGCUUCUCGGGUCUAGGCGCUCGACAGCUUCAGGAGGCUCUUAAGGAGACGUGGUGAGCGAGAAGAAGGGGAAGAGUAGAAGAGAAGGAGAAUAGUUAAGAUGGCGGCCUCCAUGGAGCCGUUCACCGCUGUGUGAAGAACCGCUUCUCUGUGCGAGACGCCUUAGACGAAAGGGGGUGUGUGUGAGUGGAAUUGGGGGCCUCCCUUCUCGCUUGGUGACUUUUUCCACCGCGCCCUUUCCCGGAACUAUGGCUUCGGCCGUGUCACCCGCCAACUCGCCAGCAGUGCUCCUGCAGCCCCGCUGGAAGCGAGUGGUGGGUUGGUCGGGUCCAGUGCCCCGGCCCCGCCACGGCCACCGCGCCGUGGCCAUCAAGGAGCUCAUCGUGGUGUUUGGCGGCGGCAACGAGGGGAUAGUGGACGAACUGCACGUGUACAACACGGCGACCAACCAGUGGUUCAUCCCGGCCGUGAGAGGGGACAUCCCUCCUGGAUGUGCAGCCUAUGGCUUUGUGUGCGAUGGGACUCGCCUGCUGGUAUUUGGCGGGAUGGUGGAGUACGGCAAAUACAGCAACGACCUCUACGAGCUCCAGGCAAGCCGGUGGGAGUGGAAGAGACUCAAAGCAAAGACGCCCAAAAACGGGCCCCCUCCGUGUCCUCGGCUCGGGCACAGCUUCUCCCUUGUGGGCAACAAAUGUUACCUGUUUGGAGGUCUGGCCAACGAUAGCGAGGACCCCAAGAACAACAUUCCGAGGUACCUGAAUGACUUAUACAUCCUGGAACUGCGGCCAGGCUCUGGAGUGGUAGCCUGGGACAUUCCCAUCACUUACGGCGUCCUUCCCCCACCCCGGGAGUCCCACACUGCAGUGGUCUACACCGAGAAAGACAACAAGAAGUCCAAGCUGGUGAUCUAUGGAGGGAUGAGUGGCUGCAGGCUGGGGGACCUCUGGACGCUGGAUAUUGAGACUCUGACGUGGAAUAAGCCCAGCCUCAGCGGGGUGGCACCUCUUCCUCGAAGUCUCCACUCGGCUACGACCAUAGGAAACAAAAUGUACGUGUUUGGUGGCUGGGUGCCUCUCGUCAUGGAUGACGUCAAAGUGGCCACACACGAGAAGGAGUGGAAGUGUACCAACACACUGGCUUGUCUCAACCUGGAUACCAUGGCCUGGGAGACCAUCCUGAUGGAUACGCUGGAGGACAAUAUUCCCCGGGCCCGUGCCGGCCACUGUGCUGUAGCCAUCAACACCCGCCUGUACAUUUGGAGUGGGCGUGACGGCUACCGAAAGGCCUGGAACAACCAGGUCUGCUGCAAGGACCUCUGGUACCUGGAAACGGAAAAGCCACCGCCCCCGGCCCGGGUACAGCUGGUACGAGCCAACACCAACUCCCUGGAGGUGAGCUGGGGGGCUGUGGCAACAGCCGACAGUUAUCUUCUGCAGCUCCAGAAAUAUGACAUUCCUGCCACGGCUGCUACUGCCACCUCCCCUACACCCAAUCCAGUCCCGUCUGUGCCUGCCAACCCUCCCAAGAGCCCUGCCCCAGCAGCAGCCGCGCCUGCUGUGCAGCCACUGACCCAAGUAGGCAUCACGCUCCUGCCCCAGGCUGCCGCCACCACCCCAACCACCACCACCAUCCAGGUCCUGCCGACGGUGCCUGGUAGCUCGAUCUCCGUGCCUGCCGCAGCCAGGACUCAAGGUGUCCCUGCUGUUCUCAAAGUGACCGGUCCUCAGGCUACAACAGGAACCCCAUUGGUCACCAUGCGACCUGCCAGCCAGGCUGGGAAAGCCCCCGUCACUGUGACCUCCCUUCCCGCAGGCGUGCGAAUGGUCGUGCCUACGCAGAGCGCCCAGGGGACGGUCAUCGGCAGCAACCCGCAGAUGAGUGGCAUGGCGGCGUUGGCAGCCGCGGCUGCCGCCACCCAGAAGAUCCCUCCUUCCUCGGCACCCACGGUGCUGAGUGUCCCGGCCGGCACCACCAUCGUCAAAACUGUGGCCGUGACACCUGGCACCACCACCCUCCCAGCCACUGUGAAGGUGGCCUCCUCGCCAGUCAUGGUGAGCAACCCAGCCACUCGCAUGCUGAAGACUGCAGCCGCCCAGGUGGGGACGUCUGUCUCCUCUGCCGCCAACACGUCCACCCGCCCCAUCAUCACAGUACACAAGUCGGGGACUGUGACAGUGGCCCAGCAAGCACAGGUGGUGACCACAGUGGUGGGUGGGGUCACCAAGACCAUCACCCUGGUGAAGAGCCCCAUCUCUGUCCCAGGAGGCAGUGCUCUGAUUUCCAAUCUGGGCAAAGUGAUGUCAGUGGUCCAGACCAAACCAGUUCAGACUUCUGCAGUCACAGGCCAGGCGUCUACAGGCCCGGUGACUCAGAUCAUCCAGACCAAAGGGCCCCUGCCAGCUGGGACUAUCCUGAAGCUGGUGACAUCAGCAGAUGGGAAGCCCACCACCAUCAUCACUACCACGCAGGCCAGCGGGGCAGGGACUAAGCCCACCAUCCUGGGCAUCAGCAGCGUGUCCCCCAGCACCACCAAGCCCGGCACGACCACUAUCAUCAAGACCAUCCCCAUGUCGGCCAUCAUCACGCAGGCGGGCGCCACGGGUAGGGGCCUCCUCCAGCGUGCUGGUGUGACCAGCACUCCCGGCAUCAAGUCCCCCAUCACCAUUAUCACCACCAAGGUUAUGACUUCCGGAACUGGAGCCCCCGCCAAAAUCAUCACUGCUGUUCCCAAAAUCGCCACUGGCCACGGGCAGCAAGGAGUGACCCAGGUGGUGCUGAAGGGAGCCCCCGGCCAGCCGGGCACCAUUCUCCGCACCGUGCCCAUGGGCGGCGUCCGCCUGGUCACCCCCGUUACCGUCUCCGCUGUCAAGCCGGCUGUCACCACGUUGGUCGUGAAGGGCACAACAGGCGUCACGACCCUAGGCACCGUGACAGGCACCGUGUCCACCAGCCUCGCCGGGGCCGGGGGCCACAGCACCAGUGCCUCCCUGGCCACACCCAUCACCACCUUGGGCACCAUCGCCACCCUCUCGAGCCAAGUGAUCAACCCCACUGCCAUCACCGUGUCGGCGGCACAGACCACGCUGACGGCGGCCGGUGGGCUCACCACCCCCACCAUCACCAUGCAGCCUGUCUCCCAGCCUACCCAGGUGACUCUGAUCACAGCGCCCAGCGGGGUCGAGGCCCAGCCUGUGCACGACCUCCCCGUGUCCAUUCUGGCCUCGCCUACUACAGAACAGCCCACGGCCACGGUCACCAUCGCUGACUCAGGCCAGGGUGACGUGCAGCCCGGCACUGUGACACUGGUGUGCUCCAACCCGCCCUGCGAGACCCACGAGACGGGCACCACCAACACAGCCACCACCACCGUCGUGGCUAAUCUCGGGGGACACCCGCAGCCCACCCAGGUGCAGUUUGUCUGCGACAGACAAGAGGCAGCUGCUUCUCUCGUGAGCUCCACAGUGGGCCAGCAGAACGGCAGUGUGGUUCGCGUCUGUUCCAACCCGCCGUGCGAGACCCACGACACGGGCACCACCAACACGGCCACCACUGCCACCUCCAACAUGGCUGGGCAGCACGGCUGCUCCAACCCGCCGUGUGAGACCCACGAGACGGGCACCACCAGCACGGCCACCACCGCCAUGUCGGGCAUCGGAGCCGGGCAGCGGCGAGACAUCCGGUACACCUGUGUGGCAAGCACCGUGCCCGCCGUGGUCCGGGUCGGCAUGGCUGCCGGGGCGUCAGAGGGAGCCCAGGGCUCUGUCAAGCCCUCGUGCCAAACCCGCCAGACCGGCGCGACCAGCACCACCAUGACUGUGAUGGCCACCGGGGCCCCAUGCUCAGCUGGCCCGCUCUUCAGACCAAGCCUGGCCCUGGAGGCUGGUGGCCGUGGCGCCACGCUCGUGCAGUUGGGCCCUCUGAGCACCCAGGUCAGGCCUGGUGGUGAGGGUAGCCCCCUAGCUGGCCUGGGCCCGCUGGUAUCCGUGGGGCGCCAGCCGGAGGCGCAUCACGCCCACACGACGUACACCGCCACCACGGCCCGCUCUACCGUGGGUGCCGGGGAACCCAGUGAGGUGCAGGGGAUGCCCGCGCUUGGGUACGAGAGCUCGCCUGGCACCGCUGUGACUGUGAAGGCCCUGGAGGCACUGCUGUGCUCCUCGGCCACCGUGACGCAGGUCUGCUCCAACCCCCCGUGCGAGACCCACGAGACAGGCACCACCCCUACGCCCACCACCGCCACGUCCACCGGGGGUGCGGGCCAGCCAGAGGGUGGGCAGCAGCCCCCGGCUGGCCGCCCCUGUGAGACGCACCAGACGGCUUCCACCGGUACCACCAUGUCAGUCAGCAUGGGCGCCCUGCUCCCUGACGCCGCGCCCUCCCACAGAACCCUGGAGUCCGGCUUGGAGGGGGCGGCACCGCCCGCAGUUACCCCCCAGGCUGGAGCUUCAUUGCUGGCUCCUUUCCCGACGCAGAGGGUGUGCUCCAACCCACCCUGUGAGACCCACGAGACAGGCACCACGCACACGGCCACCACCGUCACCUCCAACAUGAGUUCCAACCAAGACCCCCCGCCGCCUGCCAGCGACCAGGGAGAGGUGGAGAGCACCCAGGGCGACGGCGUCAACAUCCCUGGUUCCAGUCCUAUCACGACAACGGUGUCCUCCACGCUGACACGGGCCGUGACCACUGUGACACAGUCCACACCGGUCCCGGGCCCUUCGGUGCCGAAGAUCUCAUCAGUGACCGAGACUACCCCAGGGGCUCUGACCACCGAAGUCCCCAUCCCGGCCACGAUAACAGUGACCAUAGCCAACACAGAAACUUCUGACAUGCCCUUCUCUGCUGUUGACAUCCUGCAGCCCCCAGAGGAGCUCCAGGCCUCUCCAGGGCCUCGCCAGCAGCUUCCGCCACGGCAGCUCCUGCAGCCUGCCUCCGCACCCCUGAUGGGGGAGUCCGCCGAGGUCCUGUCAGCCUCCCAGGCCCCCGAGCUCCAGGCCGCCGUGGAUCUGAGCAGUACGGGGGACCCGUCUUCAGGCCAGGAGCCUGCCAGCUCAGCCGUGGUAGCCACUGUGGUGGUCCAGCCGCCACCGCCCACGCAGUCCGAAGUAGACCAGUUGUCACUUCCCCAAGAGCUGAUGGCCGAGGCCCAGGCGGGCACUACCACCCUCAUGGUAACGGGGCUCACCCCCGAGGAGCUGGCGGUGACUGCUGCCGCUGAAGCGGCCGCCCAGGCCGCGGCCACAGAGGAAGCCCAGGCCCUGGCCAUCCAGGCCGUGCUCCAGGCCGCGCAGCAGGCCGUCAUGGCAGGCACCGGGGAGCCCAUGGACACGUCGGAGGCGGCGGCCGCUGUGACGCAGGCGGAGCUGAGCCACCUGUCGGCCGAGGGCCAGGAGGGCCAGGCUACCACCAUCCCCAUCGUGCUGACGCAGCAGGAGCUGGCCGCCCUGGUGCAGCAGCAGCAGCUCCAGGAGGCGCAGGCCCAGCAACAGCAGCACCACCUCCCCACGGAGGCACUGGCCCCUGCCGACAGCCUCAACGACCCGACCAUCGAGAGCAACUGCCUCAACGAGCUGGCCGGGGCUGCGCCCAGCACCGUGGCACUGCUGCCCUCCACAGCCACUGAGAGCCUGGCUCCGUCCAACACGUUUGUGGCCCCCCAGCCAGUCGUGGUCGCCAGUCCCGCGAAGCUGCAGGCCGCGGCUACCCUGACGGAAGUGGCCAAUGGCAUCGAGUCCCUGGGCGUAAAGCCAGACCUGCCACCCCCGCCCAGCAAAGCCCCCGUGAAGAAAGAGAACCAGUGGUUUGAUGUGGGGGUCAUUAAAGGCACCAACGUGAUGGUGACACACUAUUUCCUGCCACCUGAUGACGCUGCUCCAUCGGAUGACGACUCGGGCGCGGUGCCCGACUAUAACCAGCUGCGCAAGCAGGAGCUGCAGCCUGGCACCGCCUAUAAGUUCCGCGUUGCCGGGGUCAACGCCUGUGGCCGGGGGCCCUUCAGCGAGAUCUCAGCCUUUAAGACGUGUCUGCCUGGCUUCCCGGGGGCCCCCUGUGCCAUUAAAAUCAGCAAAAGUCCAGAUGGCGCUCACCUCACCUGGGAGCCGCCCUCUGUGACCUCUGGGAAGAUCAUCGAGUACUCGGUGUACCUGGCCAUCCAGAGCUCGCAGUCUGGGGGCGAGUCCAAGAGCUCCACCCCGGCGCAGCUGGCCUUCAUGCGGGUGUACUGUGGGCCCAGCCCCUCCUGCCUCGUGCAGUCCUCCAGCCUCUCCAACGCCCACAUCGACUACACCACCAAGCCCGCCAUCAUCUUCCGCAUCGCUGCCCGCAACGAGAAGGGCUACGGCCCAGCCACGCAAGUCAGGUGGUUGCAAGAAACCAGUAAGGACAGCUCUGGCGCCAAGCCGGCCAGCAAGCGGCCCAUGUCCUCUCCAGAAAUGAAAUCCGCUCCAAAGAAAUCGAAGGCAGACGGUCAGUGAGAGGCAGCUGCCCUGCGCCUGGCUGCUUCUCCAGACCCCCCUCUGCUUCAGGACCGCCGCCCGCCCGCCCGGGCCUGCCCGCCCCGCCCACCCGGCGCUCACUUUGCCCUCACGAGCCGCCCCACCGGCUGCCCGUUCUCUCUCCCUCUCUCUCUCCCUCUGUUUUAAAAAUAAUCUCGAGAAAGCACAUUUUACCAUUGCUGUGGGGAGGAAGCAGAAGGCAGAUGUGGAAGAGCCCCCCUUCCUCUCCCCGCCCAGCGCCUGCCAGGGGACCAAGGCCCCAGGAGUGGGGGGUGGGCGUGGAAGCCGAGGAGAGGUGCCCCCCUGGGGCCCUUCCCCCGCCUCCGCACCCUGAACUGGGUGUCUGUCUGGUUCUGUUGCAUUUUCUUCCAUUAGUGUUUCCCGACACCCGCCCGCCCUUCCGCUUCUCCCACCCCGCCCUGCCUGGCACUCCCAUGGGAAGCUGACACAUUUUCUCAGAGGCCUUCGUACACCCACCUCUUUCUCCCUCCCCUCUUCUUUCCCAUUUGAAAAAAAGAGAAGAAAGAAAAAGAAAGAGGUGGAGAAGGAACCCCGUGGUGGCCUGAGCAGUGUUCUGUGAAAACCUCCCGACUCCCAAUUGGGGCGUAGAGUAGCCGCCCACGGAGCCUGGCUUCAGCCUGUCUGGGGUUGGGGCUAGGGGCCACAUCACCAACUGCUGCAUUUGUUGUAUUUUUUUUAAGUUGAAGUUGACGGAGUUAACAUUUUUAUUGUAAUUUUAGCCUUAGCGUGUGGGGUUUUGUCCCUUUUUUUUUUUGUUGUUGUUGUUGUUAGCUGUGUACAGAAUGUGUAUCUUUUUUCCCCCCCCCCCUUUUUUUAAAACUCUUUUUCUCCUUGGCUAAGCCUUGGCAGGGAUCUUUCUGGAGGAGAAGCUGGGGCAGCCAGGGUAGGAGAGGCAUGGGAUCUCCCCUGUGGGCCUGGUGUUUGCUGCCCAGCCCGGUUUUCUCUUUCUGGCCCCUGUCCUCUGCCCCUCUGCCUGUCCCCAGGCCUCUGGGACAAAGGAGGGUGAGCCGUCAAACCUCACUCCCCACGGGCAGCUGCUCCACACCUAGAGGGAGCUUCAGAGUCCGCUAGAGCCCGAGGUCAGUCAGGUUGCUGAGGAGGAUGGUGUGGAGGUGGGGGCCGCGGCCUGACAGCCAGUCCUGGGGCCACAGCACUCUCCACGACCCCCAGGCUCGCUCCCCGGCAUGACUGCUUAGAGCAUCCAACACCCACAACUGCCGCUUCCUGCAGCCGCCCUCUCUCGGCAAAGCUGGUGCAUGAUGGAGGGGAGCUUGGCCUCAGAGGCAGCCUGGGAGGGCAAGUUGUGUGGUGCCACUGACUCUGUGAAUUUACAGUGCAGUCCCCAAGCUGGGCCCGUCCUCCUGGGCCAGGCUUGGUGGGCUUGGGGCUCUGCUUGGAAUGGCUAGUGACAGCUUGCUGCCCCACACCCAAGCUUUAGGCAACGAGUGAGACUUGCAGGCGGGUCGCACAGAAGGAUUUGAAACGACCAGCCGGUCUCUUCAAAACCCCUUUCUCUGCCCUGGAGACGCAGCUGUGGCCGGGGGCACCCCAGCCUCUGCAAACCCCCGGCCCUGGCCCACGCCCUCUGGGGCCUCUGAUUUGUUGUAUUAUAGUAUAUUUCGCUGUGGAAAACGUCAUGUUUAGUCACCUUGGAGCCCACCGCCUGGUCCCGUUGUUUCCCCCCAUCCCUAUUCCCGAGCACCCGUUGAUCUCUUGUUUCUGGAAACAGUAAGCUUGUUCAUCUAAUGUAGAGUAACCCCCGUGACUCAAUAUUACCAUAGUGCGAUGUCGUUUUGUGCUAUUUUGAACAAUUAAAAGACUUUUUUUGAAAUAA